UCCUGGGUUCAGUUUCCACUAGGGGCACGUACCAAAACAAACAAACAAAAAGGGCCAGUUGUGAGUGUGUGGAUUUUUGAGUGAAACCUCAACCCAAGUAAGAAGAAACCUUCAAGGAACAACUACUGACAGUGCACAGUCUAUCCGGUUUACUUGGACUUCUGCCUCAUCUUUCUUUUCACUUCAACCUGCGCAUUUUUUUCUUCCUCUACUUGUCUCUCAUGGCACAGAGGUUUCUAAGAAGAUGUUGUUAAGGCCGAGAGUACUACCUGAGUCAAGACAACAUUUAUACCCUCCUGGUGGUUAGAAACGAGUCUCUGUAGGACCACAAGCAAAGAAAGGAAACAUUCUGUCUUUUUCUUAAUUAAAUUGACUGUAUGAGAUAUUUGACUUCCAGGAUCAAAAACAGAGAAGUAAUAAAAUUAUUAUUUUGACAUCAUUGGACAUUCAUCAUACUGAGGAGCGUGCUUUGUGAACUUCCCGAGUAGAGAUUUGGAAACUUCCUUGGUGCUCAUUUACACUUUGGCCUAUAAGCAUGAGUGAAUUCUGGUUGUGUUUCAACUGCUGUAUUGCAGAACAGCCUCAGCCUAAAAGGCGGCGUCGGAUUGACCGAAGUAUGAUCGGAGAGCCAACAAACUUUGUACACACAGCUCAUGUAGGAUCAGGAGACCUGUUCAGUGGAAUGAAUUCAGUUAGCUCCAUUCAGAACCAAAUGCAGUCCAAGGGCGGCUAUGGGGGCGGAAUGUCUGCCAGCGUGCAGAUGCAGCUCGUGGACACGAAGGCAGGAUAGCCCUGUCCCUUCUCCAGAGUGUGAUGGUGUCUUGUCCAUCCUGUUGUGAUCCUCCAGUGAGACGUUCCUGUUCCGCGAAGAAGCUGUGGCCAGAUGAACCCCGCGUUUCCUCAGCUGGCACGCAUGCCUUUGGGCUCCUGGACAGUCUUAGAUUGUGGCUUAAACUUUAAUUUCUAUCAACAUGGAUCUGACCUUAGCAUGAUCUUUCUUGUGAAUGCUAGCACUAUUUUGCAUUUUUUUCCAUUUUAAACAUUUCUUUCCACCUGCCUUAUGAUUUUAUUGAUAAGCAAGGACCUGCUAUUAUUUGUUAAUUUGUCACCGUUUAUGUAUAUUUUGGAAGGUAUGAAUGAGACCCACAAGCACAAUGAUCGUGUUCAUUCAUUUGAAACUUCAGCAGAAUAGGUAUCUGCAUGCUCUAUGAAGUUGCUGGUGUGGGAGCCCAUGGGCUGGUGAGACUGCUGCUAUUAGAAAGGGUAGCUGUGGUGCCAAGUCACACCCAUGUCACACCGAAAGGUAACUUGUAGCUUAUUUAGAAAUAUGACUUUCUGGUCUCUUUAGUUAGAAUUAUAGUAAAAGGAAAGUGUGCAUCUGUAAGGCCUUCAUCCUGUUGUAAAUGUUCACCGUAUUUAUUUUGAGAGUGAGGACCUGUGCGUGUAAGCAGGGCUGCUGUGUCUCUGUUGUGUUGACACCCUCAUACCGUCCGAUUCUGAGCAGCAGCAGCGUGGGAGCUGUUCAUGUCUGUGCACCUGUUCUGUUGUGACUGUUUUGAUUUUAUGUUUGAUGUCAUGGUUUCCAGUAGCAGUUUGCUGGACUUCUGACCUGUUCAGCUAACUGCGGACCCCAAGGUCAGGGGCCAUACUCUGCAUAGUUGGGGCAGCGGAAGCUGCCAAGAGCAUCACACUGACCUGGCUGAAUUGUUGCCACUGGAAACAGCCUAUCUGGUGACUUUAUGGAAUUGAUGAGAAACCUUUGCUUCAGUUCCAGAAUAUCUUUAUUCUUCCACAGACUGUAUUUCAAAUAUAUCUGUAAAUGUUUCUCCUUCCCCAUAAGGGUGUAGCAUUCCUCCAGUUAGUAGUUUGCAUCUUUAAAAUGUAAAUCCUGUGUCCAAUUCAACUCUUACUACAUGUGGUCAGAUAAACAUUUCAUGCAGCAAAUUGGGGCUUCACUGGAAACUUGGAGAGCGCUGAGGAGUUAGGUAAUUGAAAGUGAUCGUUUUUUUUUUUAAUCCAUUUCCUUCACCUUGGUCCCAAGUCCUUGUGAAAAGGUAACUGAACAAGUACUAGGUCUGUGCAGGCAAACAGGGAAGCAUCUCUCCCGAGUUCUUCGGAAUUCAGCUCACACAGUGCAGGGGCCAGGUCCCACAGUCCUUGUCUUUCUGCCGUUUUGAGCCUUCAUAGGUGUCAGUCUCCAACAGAGAGGAAAUCAGCCAAGGAAAAACAUUUAUGCUUAGUAAUAAAAAUAGGCAUUUUGCAGUUUAUUGAAUAACUUCUAAACUUUUUCCCGUCUAGUGUCAACUCACUGUGUGGAUGUCACAUUCUGGAACUGACCAGGGCCUGUGUGUCCUGCCAGGGACCCUGUGCCAGCUCUGUCGGGGGCGGGUCUCCCGGCACUGCCAGCACCAAUUAGUACAAUUAGCCCUGGCCAGUCUGGCUCAGUGGUUAGUGUUGGCCUGUGGACCAAAGAGUCGCGGGUUCGAUUCCAGUCGAGGGCAUGUGCCUCAG